AUGACAUCUAUAUGUGAUUGUACAAGUUUACAUUUUACUCAAAAUGAUAAAUUUCUAGUAGAUAAAACAGAUUCAUCAUUCAAUUUAAUCACUGAUUGGGAAGGUUCUGCUAUUUUAAGACAUGGUUCAAUGAUACAAUUUGGUUGUUAUAAAUUUAUAUUUAGUUUAGUCAAUCAUUCUUUACCUUCCCAUCCAUCAUCAACAUCAUCCUCGGCGUCAACAUGGAUGACAAUGAAUCAUAGUUCAACACAGUCUUCUUCUUCGCAUGAAUCACCAGUACUACUUACAGAUUCUUUAUCAGUAGUAACAAAAGAUUUUUUAAAAUUAUCAUCGAUUCUCAAAUAUGUGUCAAACAGUCUACAAAUAUUGGUUAAGAAAGACACAAGGCCAACACCAACUAGUCUGCGUUUAUCAACAUGA